GGAAGACUAUAAUAUUGAAAUGAGUAUAACAACAACAAAUCAUAUAAAAAAAAUUAUAUAUACGUAGAAGCUAGCAAUCAAAUAUUAUAAAGAUUGUAGACACCAAGUCAUAUGGGAUGAUUAUUGACUAUUAAAUAGUAGAACAUUGAAAUCGUCGGAUAAGCUUUUUGACUAAAUAGUUGGAUAAUCUAUAAGUAUAAAUACGUAACUGGAUAGAUUUUUCACAUACUGGUUAUAAAACGCUAAUACUGAUUUAGUAUGAUGUUUCAUUAAUUUAUGCCAUAUUUUUCUUUAAAAAUCACGUAAGCGUGAAAAUGGUAUAUAUCAAUAACAUUCAUCACAUGCACCAUAGAGAAUUAGACGAAUUUGAAGUUGCGUAAGUACUCAAUAAUUUAUGUGCACACACGAUCUAGGUGACUAAAAAUAAAAGAUGCGUGCGUAUUGCAUGUCGCCUUCCCAAAAUUAAUGUUCUCCAUAAUAAGACGCGUAGCUUCAUCAUACAUAUUUUCUGUUCCGUUAACUAACUUAGCUUAUUAAACAGGGAAACAAAAUUAGCUUACUAAUUUAUGAACCCCUCCCUAGCUAAGAGUUUAUAGAUUCCCUGAAGCAACUUGAUGGUAUUACACCUUGUGCAUGGUCUUGUCACUUUUCUAUAGGUUCCAGUAUUCACAUAAUAGGACUCUUGUAAUAGAACGUCUAUUUAUAUUAAUUUAAUUUUUUCACCCUUUUAAUAAUUAGGAGUAUGUGUAUAUAAUUUUCGAAUAUUAAUAAUUUUAUAAUCACGUGAACCAACAUCUAAUUACGAGGAAAGGGGAAAAAAUCGUCAUUAACAAUUCAUACUUGACCGGUGUAAAUUAAUUAUGACGAAAACUUGCUGGUAUUGCGUGCAUGGUUUUUAUGGUUUUUGUAAUUUGCGAAAAAUUAAUUAUGUCGAAAAUCGUCAUUAGCUUAUUGGUUCUGUAGUAACCGAUAUCAAGAAAUAAUUUUGGUAAAGCGCGUUAACGCCUGUACGUUUCGCGAUUCAAUGUAUUCCCCGUUUAACUAGUAUUUACCGUAUGUUUAAAUUUUCAUAGAUACUGAAAACGGUUUUGAGCGAACCUCUCUUAAAUUUCUAGAAGAAGGAUUCAAUUCUACCUCACGUUUUCACAUGAUGUAUCACUUCCCAAUGAUGUCAAUGCUACCAAGUUAAGAUGUAGACGGAAUAUCAACUGAAUUUGCUUCUAUAUUUUUUUGCCAUGGGAUCAAACUCUAGAUUAAGCAUUUUGUUUCCAUAUUUGUUUUUAAUACAAAUGUAUAAUUAUGUAAUAUAGCGAGGGAGGAAUAAACAGUUUUAUUUAUUUUUCAUUUACGUGCACUAUAUAUGGAGACAAAAGAAAAGAUAAACGAAAUCAUUAAACUCGUCGACGAGGUUGAAGAAACAAAGAGAGAGAUAGCAAAAUGGAAUGGAGGAAAUGGUACUUAGACGUGAUUCUUGUGCCAUUAGCUCUUGUGAUGAUGCUUUGUUACCACAUCUACUUGUCCUUCAUGGUUCGAACCCAUCCCUUCUCCACCGUCCUCGGCAUUAACUCUCGCGGCCGCCGGAUCUGGAUUUCCUCUAUGAUCAAGGAGAAUCAGAAGAUGAACAUAUUGACGGUGCAAACACUCCGUAACGUAGUAAUGGGAGCUACACUGAUGGCUACGACCUGCAUCCUCCUCUGCGCCGGUUUAGCCGCAGUCAUAAGCAGCACUUACAGUAUCAAGAAGCCUCUAAACGACGCCGUUUUCGGUGCUCAUGGAGAUAUCGCCAUAGCCAUCAAAUACCUGACGAUUCUCACAAUCUUCAUCUUUUCUUUCUUCUCUCAUUCUCUCUCCAUCCGCUUCCUCAACCAAGUCGCCAUGCUCGUUAACGUCCCUAACUUAUACACUAAUCCCUCUGGUGACUUGUUCCUCACGUCUGAGUAUGUCUGCGAGUUGUUCGAUAAGGGUUUCUUCCUCAGCACGGUAGGCAACAGGUUGUUCUACGCAGGGUUUUCUCUGAUGUUAUGGAUCUUUGGUCCCAUCCUCGUGUUCUUGAGCGUUUUGAUGAUGGUGCUUGUUCUUUAUCACGUGGAUUUUGUGUCACUCGGCAACAAUAAAGAGAAACAACGUAUAGUGGAUUGUCCUCGCGCCUCUGAUCAUCCAAAUGGUGGUGGUGAUGCAUAAUACAUUUCCAAAUGUAAAUGCAUGGAGAAUUUAAGCAUGCAUCACUACUUAUUUUGUUAUUCAUAAUUAUGCAUGUGUUAACAAGAACUGAGUUCGAGUUUUAUUAUUUACUAUAGUGAAUAAGUAUUGUAGAUCGUAAAUUUAAGAAAACUAAAAGUCCACUUGAUUGGAAUGUUCUAGUUAAUUACUUUAAAAAAGUAAUUUAGAAUA